UGCCAGAGAGGGUCGCGCGAGACUUUUUAUUUAAUCAUUACUCAUGACUUAAUUUUUUCCUUUUCCAUUCGCGCCUUGUGGUCGCAGCUCUCCUUCCUUCGGAGCUGGCGGGGAUAGGAUGCAACAAGACCGAGAGGCCGUGGAAACAAGCGAUCCUGCUGGAGCUCCCCAAAGCUCCGUGUGCCGAAAGUGGAGUUACUCACUGGCACCCUCGCGCUAGCAGGGAAUUGGAAAAAGGGAAAAAGGAAAAAAAAAAAAAAUGUAAUAAGGCCUCCCAGGAGUGACGCUGUUCACCUCCCCAGUCUGGUUUUUGUUUUGACUGCUGCUUUGUUUGCUUGACCUCUGUCUCCUCUUUUGUUUUCUCUUUUUGCACAGAAUAAGGGUAAUGGUCAUUACCAAGAUACUCUCGGAUUCCAUGUUGAGGCUAUGCCUAUGAUAUAGCUCGAUCCCUCAAAGCUUUCAUCGUCAUCAUGAGGUGUCUUGCUGAGAACGCUGGUACCACCACUCAUGCCUCCCGAAGUCAUCCAGCGAUGGAGCCGAUCAUUCUUUUUGGACUGAUCACCGCCUCCAAUGCCUGGAACUUUAUUUCCUCUUCCAUUCAAAAAAUGUUAUUUUUCUUUUCCAUUCUAUUAUCCACUUACACUUUUCUCGGGAUCUUUUCGCCUGUCAGCCAAUCCCUCCCUUCCAUCUUACUUCCUUUCCAACAUCAUCCCUACUACUCAAUCCGUAUACUUCUCUUACUACUUGUAGCAAAGCCUCCUGGGAUCACGAGCUCUCAGCCUCUGACUCACGAUGCAUCUUGCUGGGGUAUGAACCUUCUUCAGAAUCAAAGCUUAUUGUGUGGGAAAUGGAACUACUUAAUAAUGGGAACAAGAGAAGUGCAUGUUGUCUCUUUAAAUCAUAUGAACCAAUUUCCAACAGAGCCGAAGAGGGGCACGAAAAAAAAGAGCCUAGGGAAAGGGUAUUUUCAAAGGAAAAAGAGGAAAGUAAAAAGAAAUUUACUCCUCUUGGCAGAGUUGGGUUCUCGGAAGCCCGGAGCGACCGGGAGAGAUACUCGACUUCCAGGUCACGGUGCGCUGACGCGCCAUGAGAAAUGACCUCAUCCCAAGGUACCGGACUUUUAGCGUAUGGCCUAGAGCGCACCAGUG